CCUCCCGUUUCACCCAGUCCCCUUGGCCCCGGCUGGCGGCCGGUCACGCCGUCCCCGGUCUGGCCCCACCGCUCGCCCAGCCCCGGGGCAGGGCUUUCCCAGCACGGCCCCGCCGAACCCGCCGAGCACCCCCGCUGCCUGCCGGGGCUCCCCUCGCCACCAUGGUGUCCCCCGAGGGUUUGGUGACCGCGGCCGCCCUGCUCGUCGGCCUGGCCCUCCUGGCUUGGCGCCUUUGGAGGGGGAGGCUGGAGGUGCCUGGAGCCGGGGGAGAGGAGGAGAAGGAAGAGGAGGGGAUCCCCUUCAUCGCCGAGGACGGCUCGGGGUGCUGCCGGCUGCUGUGCAAGCCCUCGGCGCUGGCCCAGCACCUGGUGCGGUGCUUGGGGCGGUCGGCGGCGCUGCGGGGGGGCCAGUGGCCGUGGCCACGCUGGCCCCGGCUCCAACUGCUGCAGCAGCUCCUGCAGCCGCCCGAGCCGGAGCCGCUGGUGGCCCGGGAGCUCCUGCAGUUGCCCGACGCUGGGCUGGUGGCCCUGGACUGGCUGCUGGGACCCUGGGGGGUUGCGGAGGGGGGCAGUGGGGGUCCCAGCCUGGUGCUGCUGCUCAUCCCCAACGCCGCCGGGAAGGUGACGGGGGGGCUGCUGCAGCUGGGGCUGCGGGCGCUGGAGCGGGGCUUCACCCCCGUCAUCUUCAACCGCCGGGGCCAUAACGGCUGCCCCCUCACCACCCCCCGGCUCCAGCCCUUCGGGGACCCCGGGGACUUGCGGGAGGCGGUGACCUACCUGCGCUGCCGGCACCCCAGUGCCCCGCUGCUGGCUGUCAGCGAGGGCUCGGGCUCGGGGCUGCUGCUUGCCUACCUGGGCGAGAGCGGCUCCUCCAGCCGCCUGGCCGCCGCCGCCUGCAUCUCCCCCGUCUUCCGCGGCCGGGACUGGUUUGAAGCUGGGAUGCCCUGGCUCUACGAGUGGCCGCUGCUCCUGCACCUCAAGCGGGGACUCAGCAGGUACGCGGGGUCCCUGGCCGAGGCGGUGGACGUGCCCGGGCUGCUGGGCAGCCGCUCGCUGCGGGAGCUGGAGGAAUCCAUCUUCUGCCGGACCAAGAGCCGCCCCACCACCUGGGAGACCUACUGGGACCGCAACGAGCCCCUGCGCGACGCCGACGAGGCGGCCGUGCCCGUGCUCUGCCUCUGCAGCGCCGACGACCCCGUCCGCGGCCCCCCGGCCCGCAGCCUGCCCCUGGAGCUUUUCCGCAGCAGCCCCUACUUCUUCCUGCUGCUGACCCCCCGGGUGGGCCACUGCGGCUUCCCCCGGCGGGGCCCGGGGCGCUGCUGGGGACACGAGGCCGUGCUGGAGUACUUCAAGGCCAUGGCCGAGUUCCUGAGGGCUGAGGAGCGGAGGAAGGGGCUGCCGCGGCCCCGCAGGCGGGGGGGUCCCGCCGGCGAGCCCCCCGUCUUCACCUGGCAGCGGUCCUACACGCGGUAGACCCCCACAUGCCUGGGGGACAGGUGUCUUAGAAAGGCAGGCAGACACUCCAUGUACUAAAAUUACUUUAUUACAGUUGAUUUUUUUUUUUUUUUCUUUUUUAACAUUUCCUUUGCUAUGAUACAAAGGAUACUUACAAACAAAAUAUUACAUAUGACCUUAUUUUUUUCUCUUCUCUUAUUUUCUGACAACUUGGUAACAGCUUUAAAUGCACAAUCUAUACAAUUAAUACAGGUUAUAUAUGAGCUAUAAUGUAUGUUGAACCAGAAGAAUACCAGAAUACUGACAAUAUACUGUACAUUAAGCCUUACCAGUUAGUGCUCGUGGCAUUUUCUACAAGAAGGAAAACGCACACCUGUAGAUUCACUCAUACCAGCUGGUGCUACCAGACAUGGAAGCAGGAAGGAGUUUAAUUCCCCUAGUUGAAUCCUUCGCGGCCCAUCACCGUGGCGCUGGGCCUGGAAACCUCAGACCAGUGUUCAUAGUAAAACAGCAGAUAUGUGUGUGUUUUUUCUACCUAAUGCUCCGCGGCACAAAACUGCGCGGCCGGGCUUUGCCAGAGGUGGGUGCUGCCCCAGAGCAGACGGCCACGGCGCUGGGGCCGGGCGCUGGGCGAGCUCUUGGUGGUGAGCUGGACCUCCUUACAGAGGGGGAGAGGAGGAAGAGGAGGAGGAGGAGGAGGAGAGGAAAAGCAGCAACAGCUUUGCUGUCGGCAGCUCCCCAGGCUGUGCACGUGAAGAGGCAGGCGCUGAGGGGGGGAAGAGCGAGCCCCCCGGCACGUCGCUCCCCCCAGCACGGCGGCCAAACCUCCGCCGGGAGCUGCCUCGCAGUUACCUGCUCGCCAGGAAAGGUUUGCUUUUGUUUUGCAGCCAAAGCUAGAGUUGUGUGGCUACAGGUGUGCACUUCCCCUCCUCCUGCCAUGGUCUAUGUCGGACUGAUAAGGUUACAUUUUUGUUGUGUUUUGUUUUUUGUUUUUUUUUUUUUUUUUAAUUUUUUUUUUUUUAAAGCAUCCAGUAAGUGAAGCGUUUUUAGUUGACUGGCAAAAGGCCUGGCAUUUGCACAGAAGCUGCAAAUGGAAAAUAGCCAUCCCCUCCUCCCACCCGCUGCAUCCCAGCCCAGAAAAUCCCAAACUGUUGGUGGAAGAAAAAUAAAAAAAAACAGGGGUGGAGGAGAGGAAGAGGAGGGGGGACCAGGUUGGAAAAUACCAGGUUUGAGUUAACAUUUCCUUGACUUCACACAAUGCUUGUGCAAAAAGAAACAAAACAAAA